GGAAACGGGAGGACAGUUCGCCUCUGCAGCGCUGCAAGGACAGAGUGAACAUCUCUGGGAGGCAGACGGACCAAAGCUCUCAACAAUCACACGCCCUUCACCAUGACAACCACGCCAAUCACUGCACUGGACUGACAGCUGUCAAUCGACAGGAGAAGAUUAUCAGGCUCACCUGCUACAGGAGAGAUUACAAGCUACAAUAAGGGACUUGAGCGGAGUAAUUCCAAUUUAUGGUUGGUUAAAAGUUGCUAUCCAGAGGGAAAUUGGCAAUUUUUGAUCCCUCAACUGAACGCCUGCAUGCGUUCGUGUGUGUGUGCUUUAGGGGGAGUGUGUACAAGGUUGUCUUGCUGUGCAUCAGGGUCACAGUCUUACUGGCUGUCACCCGCCAGUGCAGUGCCACAAUAAGCUUCAGUAGAGCCCGUUUUAGUGGGUAGCUCUGUUUAUUUAGCAUUUUAGUCACGAAAACCAUGAGUGAGGGCAAGAAGGAGUUAGAGAUGAGGGACAAAGCCAUCAUGCACCAGCAGAGGAGACUGAAACAGGCCACCCAGUUCACGCACAAGGACUCCGCGGAUCUUCUGCCUCUGGAUGGGCUGAAGAGGUUGGGAACCUCCAAAGACCUGCAACCCCACAGCAUCGUUCAGCGCCGUCUCCUGGAGGGCAACAUUCCACGUUUGCGUGGAGAGGCCCGGGACGUCCCAUCUCAUGUUCGCUCACCCCUGACAGACAGCAAAGAGGGUGGCGAGCCGGAGGAGAGGAGCGAGAGCACGGUGGAUGACUCCACAGAAGAGAGGGAGUCUCCAGAGGAGAGCGAGAAGAGCCUGAGGUCUGAUGAGGAUGAGGAUGAUGAAGAUGAAGGGGACCGCAGCGAUGCAGGUGGAAAGACAGAGUCCAAGCAGAAAAAUGAAAUGGAAGAGGAGAGGAAGAAAGUCCUCAAAGAGGAUGAGAGAGCAUCCACCCUCUCAGCUCUAGUGGUCCAGUGUAAGUGCGGAGAUGCAGAAGUGAUGUUAUCCAUAAACACAGGGUGCCAAUACAACCACAUCUCUAAAACAUGCUGCAGACGACUUGGAUUGAAAACCAACCUAGAAGACAAACCUCAUGACAAGCUGCCACUCAGUGAUUCGACAGUGGAGACAGUGAAGUCCCUGCACCUGCAGCUGGGCAGAGAAAGAGUGCAAUGCACUGCCCAGGUCAUAGAGGACGCCCCAUUUGAGGUGUGUCUGGGUCUACAGACUCUGCUGGAACUCAAAUGCUGUGUGGACCUGAACUCCAGAGUGCUCCGGCUCCACAGCACAGAGCAGGAGCUUCCCUUCCUGGAUCCACCUGCUUGCAGCCAGUGCCAUCACCAUGACAACAACAAAAACAUGUGACCUCAGACCUACGUGCCCAACAGCCGCCAUGACCGUACCCAUGUAAUCAGAGAGGAAGUCGCCAGAAGGACACCUGCAUCUGGACUGUAGUGUUCCCUUGUGCCAGAUCAACUAGACAGGCCUCUCCUCUCUCAUCUUUUCUUCUUUAUUCUUCGUUGUUUGUUUCUGUGCUAUUACAGAAAUCUGCCAACUAUGAUUUUAUAUUAUUAUUUGCUGUGCUGAAUUAGUUUUGAUUAAAUGUAAUAAAGCUCAGGAGGAGGAAGAUUGUGUUCUGACAUUUUAAAAUUGCCUUCAUCGAAAUGAAAAAUGGGGUACACAGCUAAUCCUUAAGAAACUGAACUGCUAGAAGAUUGAUGAGUAAUAUUCUCUAACUUGUGAUUUUAAUUACAAUCAAAGUAAAUUAUAUUCUUAUACAUUAAUGUAACAGAGAGUCUCCUACACAAUCACCAAACCUGAUUUUAUACUUUUAAAUGU